AUGGCAGUCCUGAUUAAUAGCAAGUUGUUCUUCCUCGCUUCCAUAUUCAUUCUGGGAUCUCUGGCUUCUCAAGCCAUGGCACGCUCUGCCCCUCACGAGGCCGCCAUGCGCCUUAGGCACGAGCAAUGGAUGGCACGUUUCGGGCGAGUUUACAGGAGUUCCAACGAGAAGGAGGCACGAUACCAGAUAUUCAAGGACAAUGCAGCCCUCGUCGACUCGUUCAAUGCCGCAGGAGACAAGCCUUACAAGCUAGGUACCAACCAGUUUGCGGAUCUCACGAACGAGGAGUUCAGAGCAACUAGGAACAGGUUCAAGGGCCACAUGUGUUCGGCGCAGCAGGGACCCUUCAGGUACGAAAACGUGACUGCAGUGCCGACCACCAUGGACUGGAGGAAGAAGGGAGCCGUCACUCCAAUCAAAGACCAAGGCCAGUGCGGAAGCUGCUGGGCGUUCUCAGCUGUAGGGGCCAUGGAAGGAAUCACUCAGCUUAGUACCGGCAAAUUGGUAUCCCUUUCGGAGCAAGAAUUGGUUGACUGUGACACCAAAGGAGAGGAUCAAGGUUGCAGCGAGUCCAAUUAUCCGUACAGUGCUGCCGAUGGAUCCUGCAGUGCUAGCAAAGAAGGCAACCACGCGGCUACGAUCAAAGGGUAUGAAGAUGUUCCUACCAACAGCGAAUCCGCAUUGCUGAAGGCGGUAGCUAGUCAACCAAUUUCCGUGGCAAUUGAUGCUGGGGAUUCCUCGUUCCAACUCUACGAGAGCGGGAUCUUCACUGGAGAAUGUGGGACUGAAUUGGACCAUGGGGUGACCGCCGUCGGAUAUGGUGAGAGUGGCGGAAUGAAGUACUGGUUGAUCAAGAACUCCUGGGGAGCUCAAUGGGGAGAGGAAGGAUACAUCCGAAUGCAGAGGGAUAUUCCUGCUAAGGAAGGCAUAUGCGGCAUUGCUAUGCAAGCUUCUUACCCCACUGCCUAA